AAAAUGUCAAAAUUGUCAAACGUCAAGAAGUAACAAUUGUGUUUUCUAUUUUAUCUGUCAUAAAAUACUUAAAACUAAACACUAAAGGAAGUCUAAUGUUUUUUCCAUAUAUUUUUUACCAUAAUACCUAAAAACAAGGAACGGACCUUAUUUGAAUUGAAAUUUGCUAGUAUUGAAGAAGAGUUUCUAAAACCUGUGACAUAAUUUUUAUAUCAAUGUUUUAAUUUUAAUGUACGGUAAUGGAUCUAAAUAAAUGCAGCCCUAUAAAAACUGGACAAGUGAAUAAUGUUGGAGAUAACGAUGAGCCAUAUCCAAGUCUUUCAGAUUAUCACGACUACGAACCUAAUCUUGAAUUUGAUGAUUCAGAAUUGCAUCAAACACCAGACGCAAUUGCUCAUACAGCUGAGUUAAUCCAUAUUGAAUCGAAUCGAAUGAGUUCCCCGGUGUGUGAAUUUACAGAAGAUAACUUUGAAGAGGAAUUAGCAGAAGCCUGCGAGGAAAAUUUUGACAGUUUAUUUUGUUCGACUUCUUAUCCAGAAGUUGGCGAUACAUCACCAGAAAAAUUUGCGGAUAUAUCUAAAUAUGGAAUAGUUGACGUAAAAGGUGACGAUUCAGAUGGAAGGAAAAUAAUUGUCGUAUAUGCAUGUAAAUUACCUCCUGUUAAGGAAAUUGAUCAUACUUUAUUCUUAAGUUAUUUGAAAUACACCUUGGAAAGCUAUGUAAAGCAGGAUUAUAGCCUAAUAUACUUUCAUUAUGGUCUCUCCAGUAAAAAUAAACCAUCUUUGGGAUGGCUGAUACAAGCUUAUAAAGCAUUUGAUAGAAAUUACAAGAAGAACCUCAAGGCCUUAUUUUUAGUCCACCCAACAAAUUUUUUAAAAUUUGUGUCUCAAAUUUUUAGACCUCUUAUAAGUGCAAAAUUCGGGAGGAAGUUAAACUAUAUUCACACUCUUAAAGAGCUUAAUGAAUUUAUUCCAAUCGAAAAAUUGGAUAUCCCACAGGAAGUUAUAGAACAUGAUAAAAAAAUAGGAGGUCACAUACCACCAUCAAAUGUAGAUCACUUCCAACCUAGUUCACCAACACAACAAUUUGGAGUUACAUUACAAACCAUUAAAGAAUUUUAUAAUGUUGUAAUACCACCUGUUGUAAGACAUUGUGUAGAAUACUUAGAUCAACCUGAUGCUUUAGAGACUGAAGGUAUUUUUAGAAGAUCUGCCAAUGCAGUAAGAGUUCGGACUCUUAAAGAGGUUGCCAAUUUGGGCCAAAGGCCUAACUUCGAAGAUCCUCACGAGGCAGCUGUGCUGCUAAAAAUGUUUUUAAGGGAACUAAAAGAACCUCUUUUAACGUAUGAACUAUAUGAUGAAAUAGUUCAGUUUCAAUGCUGGAAUAAAGACGAGCAGUUGAGACAAGUUUCUACACUUAUUAUGGAAAAGAUGCCUGAGGAUAAUUACAAGGUUCUUAAGUACAUCAUUAGUUUCUUAUCUAGGGUAAUGGAAAGAUCUGAUUUAAACAAAAUGAAUGCACAAAAUUUGGCUGUAGUAUUUGGACCAAAUUUAGUAUGGUCGGAAAUAGUGUCCAUGUCCUUAAAUGCCAUAGGGCCCAUUAAUAUGUUUACUCAAUUCCUUUUAAUUCAUCACAGUAAAAUAUUUAUGUAUUAAUUAUUGUAUCGCGUAAUACUGUGAUUUAAUUGCAUUUGAUUAUUUAAGUGUACAAAUAUUAACAAAGUUCCAUAAAAGUAAUUAUUUUUUAUAAUGUUAUAAUUACAUUUUAUUAAAAAAAAAC